GUAUGUUGAAAACAUCGAAGAACGGCACGCCAACUCUCUCUAUUUCUUAGGAGAAAUGGGUGAAUUUGGAUUUCUUCACUGAUUUUCAUCGAGAGCAAUUCAUUACCCUUGUUUGAGGAUUUAUGGAAGAGAACAAAGUGAAAGAGGAAGGGAAACCGUUAUCUGAAAGGCACAUUUUUUGCCUCUCGGGGCCUACACAUCUCACUACUGUUGACUGGAAUAACUUUAAUCACCGAAGAUCAGUUGCUGCUAGCUUGGUCCGGGGAGUGUACAUUCUAGAGUAUGAUCGCCAGCUGAAUCGCCGAGGUUCCCAAGCUCAUGCGCCGCCUUGGUGGGACUCCUUCAAUUUCCGGUUGAUCCGUCCUCUUGUUGAUGAUGCUGAUAACUCCAUUUUCGGUGCCGUUUAUGAACUCAUGCCUUUUACUUCCGAUUGCAACCAUUCGGUCCAAAAUGCUCCUGAUUAUGUUGUUGCGUUUCGGGGCACCAUAAAUAAGCCCGACACUAUGUCUCGUGAUCUCAGGUUGGAUAUCCGGUGUGUUCGAAAUCGGCUUCAUGAAACCUCUCGUUAUCAGCUCGCAAUGCAGGCUGUGUGGAGUAUAAUCGAUGCUGCUGCGGGUACUUCACGUAUUUGGUUAGCUGGCCAUUCGCUUGGAUCAGCUAUUUCAUUGCUUGUUGGGAAGAAUGUGACUAAGAUGGGUUACAGUGUUGAAGCUUACCUCUUCAAUCCACCGUUCCCUGCCUCGAUCGAAAUAAUCAAGGACGGAAAGCUGAAGGACGGGAUUCGCAUUACGACCAGCUUACUUAAAGCCGGACUCGCAACUGCAAAGGGUCACUAUAGGAGUCUUCCACCAGAUGGUCCAUUUAUGUUACUCUCUAAAUGGGUACCAUACCUGUUUGUGAACCCUGCAGAUCCCAUAUGCUCCGGCUAUAUCGGCUAUUUCGAACACAGGAAGAAGAUGGAGGAGUUCCGUGCCGGAAAAAUCGAGAGGAUUGCAACACUGAAUUCCUUACUGAAAAGGGAUUCGGAACCUCUGCAUCUGCUUCUGUCCGCCAAUCUCACUAUAAACUCGAGCAAGUCCCCGGAUUUCAAACGAGCUCAUGGGAUUCAACAGUGGUGGGAUCCGAGUUUCGAUGGUCAGUCCGAGCUGCAUGAGUACAAGUAGUGCAUGCAUGCAUGUUCUUGCCUGACGUUUUGACAACUUUCAACAACUCCGUAUGAGAAAGAUGGUCGUGCCAAAUCUCGUGUAUGCAUAAAAUUAUGCUCUGUCCCUAUUUAUUAAUCUUAUUUAUGU